AUGCAUCUUCUUCUCAUCAUCCAAUGGCUGAUUCCCUUUAUCAGUCUGUGCUUGGCUCAAUCGGAUGAUCGAGCCCUUGCUCUUUCAUUGAUCAAUCAAGCCCGCCAAGCUCAAGGAAUUCAGCCUCUCGCUUGGAACGCCAAUUUGGCCUCUUACGCUCAGUACUGGGCAAAUAUAAUGGCCAGCGGUCAGCAGCCCUUUUCGCACGCGCAAGGCGCUUAUCGCCCUCAGCAGGGAGAGACGCUUUUCGAAUAUCAAUCUGCUCAGUGUGAUUCGGCCUAUGAUAAUCCUCUGCAAACAGCCGCACGAACUUGGCUUGCCCAGGCCUCUCUAUACAACGGGAUGCCCGUUACCGAUGGACAUGAGCACUGGCUGCACUGGUCUCAGUGUAUGUGGUCCACCAGUACGCAGAUAGGCUGUGCUCGAGCCUACAGCAUCUCGGAUCCGUACAAGAUAUACGACGUGUGCCGCUUCUUUCCGGAGGGGAACAUGUAA